ACAGUUGCGAGCGACGUACGUUUGAAAGUGCUAACGUGUUAAAUAUACCUAAUUUGUUUACGCUCACAGUUCAUUUCGAGUCUAUUCACGGGUUCAUUUACUUAAAAGAGCAAUAAAGCUCAUCGCAAGCUUGAGUCAACGUCUAAAAUGAGAUAAACAACACGAGGUGUGUCUCUCAUUAGUCCCUGAGGCCACGUCCAUGUAUUGUUGUUCUUUUCUUUUGCUAACCAGCAGUAAACAAAAAACAUCCCACAACUUCAAUUCGACACAGCAUUACAAAGUAUGGUAUGAGCUAAUUAAAUGUAUCAUCCAAUUGGAGGCAAUGAAAUAAAUCAGGGCUGGUCCAUGUGGUGAAUCACGGGCACACAUGACAGUGCUCAGCAUAUUAUCACUUAUUAGCAGACGGACACCAGCUCACGGCUGGGCGUCGGGAUGGCGAGCAUGAGCUCCACGCUCGUCGAGACCGUCUCCAUCAACUACGAGGACUUUAACGAGAGCUUCCUCACCUGCGGCACCUGUCUCUGCACUUAUGACGGUGGAGAACACACCCCGAAGCUCCUGCCGUGUUCGCAUACAGUCUGUCUGCAUUGUCUCACCCGAAUAGCCGCCUCACAGACCAGAGACGCCGGUAGCUUCCGAUGUCCGAUAUGCCGCGAACUUAUAACAAUACCGCGCGGCGGAGUACCAGCCCUACCGCCCUCAUUCCUCGUAAACCAGCUGCUAGAUCUCAUGGCCCGCCAGCGUAGGGAAGUCAUACCACAGUGCAGCUCACAUCCCGGCAGAGAGUUGCUCUUCUGCGAGACUUGCGACUGCGUGUUCUGCAGACAUUGUGCGGACCCGCACAGCGAUACGCCUUGCGAUCAUACCGUCGUGCCGUUUUCGAUAGCACUGAAAAGGAUGUCGGAGAUAUUGUUGUAUAGAGCGAAUGAAUGUUUGAGUAAGUUGGGGUCAGCCCGGGAGGCGGUAGCGAGCGAGCUGCGAAGGUUGGAAGCGGCGGCCAGUGCGGCGGACGAGGCCAUCGACCGGCAUUUCGCGGAGCUGCGCGCGGCGCUCGACAAGCGGCACAGCGAGCUCAAAUCGGCCGCCGCCGCCGCCGCCACGCACAAACGAAAGCUGCUCGAGGAACAAUUGAAGUUGAUCGAUGCGGAAAAAACGAAAGUGGAAGCAGAAUGUUCAGGUCUGCAGCAGCAAGUCGAAGUCCGCGAGGUGAGUAGCCGCGCGGCAGCGCUGGGUGCACGGCUGGGCGACGCUGCGGCGUUGGCAGAGCCGCGGGAGAACGCUUUCUUAGCGGUGGACUUCGCACACAACGACGCGCAACACAGGUUCGCCGAGGCGCUCGCCGAACUCGGACGCGUACGAACCAGCACUACCUUCCCUGGACUGUGCACAUUGCAGCUUGAUUCGGCGUGUGUGUGCGGGUUGGAGGUGGUGGUCACUCUCCGUACAGUGGACUACCACGGCGAGGCUCGCAGCACUGGAGGCGACCCCGUGUCGGCCGCCGCCACGCUCGACGACCAGCCGCUGCCCUGCAACGUGGUCGACUUGGACUCCGGACUAUAUAGGAUCUCGAUGCGUCCGUGGGCGGCGGGCGCGGUGUGCGUGCGCGUGUGCGUGUUCUCGCGCGGCGUGCGCGACUCGCCGCUGCGCGCCAGCGUGGCGCCCGCCGCCGCGCCGCUGCUGCUGUGGGGCGCGCGCGGCACCGGCAAGGACCAGCUCAGCCAGCCCGUCGCGCUCGCCAGGUGUCCCAAGCGAAGAGAGAUCUAUGUGCUCGACGCAGGGAAUUCUAGGGUGAAAGUGCUGGAUGAAGAGACAUUCGCAUUCAAGAAUCAUAUCGUCAAUGAAGGUCUAGCGGGUCGGAGUUGUACAGGGAUAGCCGUCACCUCGGAAGGAGUAGUUGCUGUCAACUGGCGGACGCGGACGCUUACCGAGGUGAACAACGAGGGCAGCACGGUGCGCACGAUCAGGUCGGAGCGGCUGGUGGAGCCGGUGUGCGUGGCCGCGGACGCGCGCUCGCGGCGCCUGGCCGUGGCCGACAACGGGGCCCGGACCGUCUUCGUGUUCGACAGCACCGGGAAUAUUGAACUAGAGAUCGGCAACGGCGACCUUGGGUUAGUGGGUGGCCUGGCGCUGGCAGAGGACAUGAUAGUCAUAGCGGACGUCGCCGUGCGGAUAUACGACGCCGAAGGCAACCUCCGGACGACGUUGGCGCCCGUACCUAAAGGUCGGGGCGGCUACGGUGGCAUAGCCCUAGAGAACUCUGAGAACGGGCGUCGUAUAGUGUGCGCUCGCUCGGUGCGGGGUCGGCCGGCGCUGCUGGUGGUGGAGGCGAAGGAGGGUGGCCGCAUACUGGCGGCGUGUGAACUGGCGGACAAGAAACCGCGUCGCGUGGCCGGACUUACGCUACUGCCAGACAAGAGAGUACUGCUGUGCGAUCUAGCCGGGGACUGUCUCAGGCUGCACACCUACUGGUGAAUGAUUAGAAGAGAAAGGUGGAUGGUUAACUGAAAACGCCACAAGGCAAACUGUAAUCGAAUUUCAUGCUAGUCCAGUAUUGUAACGGAGAAUCGAAUGUUGGCCAUAUCUCGGACUGCGAGUGGGAGGUACUUGUACCAAAGUCAGCAGGCGCACGCGCACAGUCAUCCGCACAGGUCACGCUUCUCAAAUUGAAGUAAAUUCCUAUUUUAUAUUCAUGAACGUUUGUUAAGUAUUGUACGCACAUACUAUGCGUGAGGUUGUUGAUUAAAAUGGGAUUUUUAAAAUGUUACUCAUGAUUUUCAAAUGCUUCCUUUGUUGCUGACUGUACGCAAGCACUGCGAUAUAUCGUUUACGAUAUGUUUAGUACUUACAGUAUUUAUUUCGUAUUAAGUUGGUUAAGAUAUGUUAUUUUUUUACGGCAUCGAUGCUGAAUAAUUCGGCA